CGUAACUGAUUCUUUCAGGUAGAUGUAGGUCAUUAUCUUGACAUUUUUAAUUCUUCCAUCUUCUCCCCCUCCACCCUCCAGAUAUGGAUGCCUGUGUCAAGUGCGCAGAAGAAAACUACCCAAACCAGGACCAAACAGGGUGUAUUCCAAGGGGGCUGAGCUACCUCUCCUACCAAGAAAAGUUAGGGCUCAGCUUAGCUGUCUCCGCUCUGGCUUUCUCCCUGAUCACCACCUUUGUGCUGGCGACGUUUGUGAAGCACAAGGACACUCCCAUCGUCAAAGCCAACAACCGCAGCCUCACCUACCUCCUCCUCAUCUCCCUUCUUCUCUGCUUCCUCUGCUCCUUGCUCUUCAUUGGUCAGCCUGGAAAAGGGACCUGCCUCUUCCGACAAAUGACUUUCAGCAUCGUCUUCUCGGUGGCCCUUUCCAGUAUUCUGGCCAAAACCAUCACCGUGGUUCUAGCAUUCAUGGCAACCAAGCCCGGAUCCAGAAUGAGGAGAUGGGUGGGGAAGGGGCUGGCCAAUUGUGUGGUCUUUUCCUGCUCUUUCCUUCAAGCUGGCAUUUGCACCCUUUGGCUAAGUGCUUCCCCUCCAUUCCCAGAUACAGACGUGCAGUCACUGAAGAGUGAGAUCAUCCUGGAGUGCAAUGAGGGUUCAGCUGCCAUGUUCUAUUGUGCUUUGGGCUAUAUGGGUUUUCUGGCCAUUGUGAGUUUCCUUGUGGCUUUCCUGGCCAGAAAGUUACCUGACAGUUUUAACGAGGCCAAAUUUAUCACGUUUAGCAUGUUGGUUUUCUGCAGUGUUUGGCUGACCUUUGUUCCAACCUACCUGAGCACCAAAGGGAAAUACAUGGUAGCCGUGGAGGUCUUCUCCAUCUUGUCCUCCAGUGCUGGGUUACUGGGUUGCAUCUUUUCCCCUAAAUGCUACAUCAUUGUGCUGAGGUCUGACCUGAACAACAAGGAAAGCCUAAUAAGGGGAAGAAAAUAA